CUCAACUUUUUUUUUUUACCGAGUUUCAAACAACUUUUGCUUCGACAAGCUCCCACCAGAAGAAACACCACUUCGAGGUCCCCAUAUAAACAUUCCAGAUAGCACGAAUAAACAACUUCAGAAUACGUACGACCACCACACAGAGCCAAACAACACCCGAGCCCCGACAAUGUCCGACGUCAAGGCCAACGCCGAGGCCCUUGUGCCCAAGUUCAAGUUCGAGCGCCAGUUGAACCAAGACCAAGCCGGCCGCCGUACCACCCUCCUGGGCACCAUCGACUCCUCCCCCGCCCUCCUAAUCCUUGAGCGCGCUCCCUUCCCGACCUCAACCGACUACCUCUCCGCCGCGCCCCUGACCCUCCGCACGAUCAAGAACCUCGGCGCCAACGACGUCUACAACUGGUACAUGGCCAGCAGCGGCGCCAUUCCUACAAACAAAGAAGAAGAUGACUUCUCCGACCUCAAAAUCAACCUAAUCUACCCCUGCACGCCCAAACACAUCGCCAAGUACUCGCGCCAAGCAGUCCGCUACGUAUCCGAAACCCCCUCCAUCUACCGGGACCACGUGCGCCCCUACAUGCAAGCGCAGCGCGAAUCCGGCCGGCUGAACUGGGUCUUCAACAUCAUCGAGAGCCUCUCGGAAGUCGAGGACGUGAUCUACCGGACCCCCUACGGGCAGGACCCGAACGGGGAAGGGUUUCUGCUGUUGCAGGAUCUGAACUGGGACCGCAAGACGCUGGACGCGCUGCACCUUUUGGGUCUUGUGGAACGGAGGGAUCUCUGGAGCUUGAGGGACCUAAAGAAAAAACAUGUGCCGUUUUUGAGGCAUAUGAAGAAGAAAUUUGUCGAGAUCACGACACAGGUUUACCCGACCAUUGAGGAGGACCAGUUGAAGCUUUAUGUGCACUACCAGCCGACGUAUUAUCACUUUCACAUUCACAUUGUGCAUGUGCAGCUGGAGGCCGGGGCGACGCAGGCGGUGGGCAAGGCGGUGGGGUUGGAUAGCAUUAUUGAGACGUUGGAGGCCAUGGAAGGGGAUGGGGAGGCGGGAAUGGAGAGGUUGACUAUGUGUUAUACGCUUGGGGAGGAGAGUGAUUUGUGGAAGGAGGUCUUUGGGCCGUUGAAGAAGAAGGAGAAGGAGCAGCAGCAGCAGCAGGAGCAAAAACAGGUGGGAGAGGAACUGAAGAAUUAAAUUAAG